AAAAUCACUCCUUUUUCUUGUUUUCAUUCACAUAAAUAUUCCCAAAUUCAAAUCAAAAUUCAAAUAAAUAUAUAAAUAUGCCCCUUUUUCCAACUUCAAUCUCUCACUCUCAUCAUCAAUUCAUACACAAAUUCCAUUCUCCUUUCGAUCCAAUUCUAACUCCAAUUUCACACCAUCUUUCUUUUUGGUGUUUGCCUGUUUAUGACAAAUACCUGAGCCAAUCAUGUCGGAAGGUGCUGAAAUUGACGAGCGUGUUGACCUCGAUGAGGAAAAUUAUAUGGAAGAAAUGGAUGAUGAUGUUGAGGAACAGAUAGAUGACGAUGGAGUGGAUGGAGGUGAAGAUGAAAAUGCUGAAGGUAGUGGUGAAGAAAUUGAUUACGAGGAGUCAGCGGUAGAGGCUGGUGGGAAGGAACAAUUUCCUGAAGGAGAGAAGAGUGACCGUGCCACUGAAGAAGACGAGCGAAAAUCACCUCUCAUUGAUGAGGAGGAAAGAGAGAAGUACGAUAAACUUCUUGCCCUUCCUCCUCAUGGUUCUGAAGUAUUUAUUGGUGGACUUCCUCGGGAUACAUGUGAUGAUGAUUUAAGGGAAUUGUGUGAGCCAAUGGGAGACAUUGUUGAGAUUAAAUUAAUCAAAGACAGGGACACCGGAGACAGUAAGGGUUAUGCUUUCGUGGCUUUUAAAACAAAGGAGGAGGCACAAAAGGCCAUUGAUGAUAUACAUAACAAGGAAUUUAAGAGCAAAACUUUGAGGUGUUCGCUGUCUGAAACCAAACACAGAUUAUUCAUUGGUAAUGUUCCAAAAGCAUGGACAGAGGAUGAGUUUAGGAAAGCCGUGGAGGCUGUUGGUCCAGGGGUUGAAAGUAUUGACCUCAUAAAGGACCCUCAAAAUCAAAGCAAAAAUCGGGGGUUUGCUUUUGUUUUGUAUUACAAUAAUGCUUGUGCUGAUUAUUCACGACAAAAGAUGUCAAAUUCAAAUUUCAAGCUAGAUGGAAAUACACCAACUGUGACAUGGGCAGAUCCCAAGACCUCACCCGACAGUUCUGCUGCUUCUUCACAGGUUAAAGCUCUAUAUGUGAAAAACAUACCCGAGAAUGUUACUACAGAUCAACUAAAGGAGCUAUUUCGUCGUCACGGGGAAGUAACAAAAGUGGUCAUGCCACCUGGCAAAGCUGGAGGGAAACGUGAUUUUGGUUUCAUUCAUUAUGCAGAGAGGUCAAGUGCACUGAAAGCUGUAAAAGAGACAGAAAAAUAUGAAAUUGAUGGCCAAGCUCUUGAAGUUGUUAUUGCCAAGCCUCAAGCUGAAAAAAAACCUGAUGGAGGCUAUGGGUACAAUCCCGGACUCCAUCCUACCCAUCUUCCACAUCCUGGUUAUGGUAACUUUUCUGGAAAUCUUUAUGGCUCUGUAGGGGCUGGAUAUGGUGUUGCUGCUGCUGGUUAUCAACAGCCAAUGAUAUAUGGUAGGGGUCCAAUGCCAGCAGGAAUGCAAAUGGUUCCAAUGGUUUUACCAGAUGGCCGAAUUGGUUAUGUCCUCCAACAGCCUGGUGUACAGGUGCCAGCUCCCCGACCCCGCAGAAAUGACCGUGGAAAUGGUCCAGGUGGUCAGCCAGGGCGUGGAGGAGGUAGUAGUAAUGAUGAAGGAAAUCGUAACAGAAGGUAUCGGCCAUAUUAGUGGCAUAAAGCAGCGAAUUCAACGUGGCUCAUCAUACCUGGUUGUGUCUUGGUAGUGAGGAGGCCUUGGGGGAGAGUCUGAUGAUGCAUUGACAGAAAAUCCUUUCUCAAUCCUAAACCCAUGAAAAGGGGAAAAUGAAAUAUGAAGAAAAAGUUAAUUAGGAAUAGGACUAAUGAUAUUUUAUUAAGUUGACGUUGGGGUUAUUUCUGUUAGAUGGAAGAGUCAUAGUUGAGUAAAUUAUUGCCCAACUUUUUCUGCUUGUAAUGCUUGGCAUUUUUUAUCGACUACCAGUAGAAAAUUGUGUUAUUCUGGUUUCAGCAAACUUUGCCAUGUUUUUGUCACUCAUUUGGCAUAUGAACCGCUCAAUAGUUCUUGCAUUCA